UUUACGGCUAUUGUAGAAAGCGAGUUGUAGGAAGAAAAUUAUUGAAAAAAGAUGAUAGUAUUAAACGAGGGAGAAGAAGUUUUUGAUGUUCUGCUGUUAACUAAACAAAGAGGGCUUGCCAUUCCAAGCUUCAAACAGAGCUGAUUUAAUUACAAGUUAGUUCUCCGCCAAGAAAGCAAUAUGAGAUGGUUACAUCUUCAGUUCCACUGUGCCUGAACCGUUUUCCAAAUCUGUCCAUGACAAUUGAUAUCUGGAACUCUCAAAUAAGAGAAGCUGUGAAUCAGAACAAUGCCCAAAAAGCCCUUUUCAUCUUUCGCCAAAUGAAACAAAAUGGCAUAAAACCCAAUAACUUUACCUUCCCUUUCAUAUCCAAAGCAUGCGCCAAUAUGUCCAACCUUGAUUAUUCCAAAAUCAUCCAUACCCAUAUAGUAAAGUCCCCAUUUUGCUCCAAUAUCUUUGUACAAACAGCAAUGCUUGAUAUGUAUAUGAAAUGCCAUCAACCAGACAUCGGUUAUAAACUGUUUGUAGAAAUGCCUAAAAAGGAUGUUGCUUCCUGGAAUGUGAUGCUUAUGGGUUUUGCGCAAAUGGGCAUUCUUGAUGGAGUGUUUCAUAUUUUUCAGGACAUGAGGUCUACUGGGAUCUUGCCGGAUUCAGUUACAAUAAUGGCAACUAGCCAGGCAAUAUCUUGUAUUAACAAUUUGGAAUUAGCUAAGGGUGUUCACUCACUGGGAAUUCGAAUUGGAAUAGAUUUUGAUGUUUCUGUUGCUAAUACUUGGAUAUCUUUAUAUGCUAAAUGUGGUGAUUUGGAGAUGGCUGAGUCAAUUUUUAAUAGAAUUGAAGUCGGUUUAAGAAGUCUAGUCUCCUGGAAUUCUAUGAUUGCAGGGUAUGCAUAUCUUGAGAAAUUUUUUGAUGCUCUGAAUACUUACAAAUUGAUGCUGCGGGAUGGAUUCUUUCCUGAUAUUAGUACUAUCGUUAGCCUGCUUUCUUCAUGUGUACAGCCAGAGACGAUGUUUCAAGGUAGGCAAGUUCAUUCUCAUGGAAUUAGAUUUGGUUGUGAUUCAGAUAUUCAUGUGGUUAAUACUCUUAUAUCUAUGUAUUCCAAGUGUGGAGAUGUUUACUCUGCAAGAUGUUUGUUUGACAGCACAUGUAACAGGAGUUGUGUUACGUGGACUGCAAUGAUAAGUGGUUAUGCUGAGAAAGGUGAUAUGGAUGAGGCCUUGACUCUGUUUAAUGCUAUGGAAGCAGCUGGUGAGAAACCUGAUUUGGUCACUGUACUUUCUCUUAUUUCAGGUUGUGGCCAUACUGGUCUACUUGAAGUUGGAAAAUGGAUUGAUGCUUAUGCCAAUUCUAAUUGUUUAAAACAUAAUAUUGUAGUUUGCAAUGCGUUGAUAGACAUGUAUGCAAAAUGUGGAAGCAUAAAUGAUGCUUGGGAUCUGUUCAAUACCAUGCCUGAUGGAACUGUUGUCUCCUGGACAACCAUGAUCGCAGGUUGUGCUUUGAAUGGAUUAUUUGAAGAAGCUUUGAACCUUUUCUAUCGGAUGAUAGAGUUGGAAUUGAAACCAAAUCACAUAACAUUUCUUGCCAUACUCCAAGCUUGCACUCAUGGCGGUUUUCUUGAGAAAGGAUGGAAGUGUUUCAAUAUGAUGACCAAAAUUUAUAAAAUAAAUCCUGGAUUGGAUCAUUAUUCCAGUAUGGUGGAUCUUCUUGGACGUAAAGGAAAGCUAAAAGAAGCAUUGAAGUUUAUUCAGGAUAUGCCUAUCAAGCCUGACACUGCCAUAUGGAGUGUAUUGCUUAGUGCUUGCAAGAUACACCGCAACAUUGAGAUUGGUGAAUAUGCUGCUCAUCAUCUUUUUGAGAUUGAACCUAAUGUGUCUUUUCCAUAUGUGGAGAUGGCUAACAUAUAUGCGUCAGCUGGAAGGUGGGAUGGAGUUGCAAGGAUAAGAACAAUGAUGAAAAGUAAUAGAGUGAGGAAGUCUCCAGGACAGAGCCUAGUGGAAGUCAAUGGGAAAUCUUAUGCAUUUACUGUUGAAGAUAGAGGUCAUUUUGAUGGGGAAGUUAUAUAUGCAGUUUUGGAUGGUUUAAUGUUGCAAUCAAAAGAAGAAGUGUCUUGUGUCAUUCAUAUAGAACUCUAGAAGGUGAUUUGGAAUACUAGUCUUUACUUCAUGUGUAGAGAACGAUAUAGCUUGGUUGCCUUGGUGUAAAGUAUGUAUUGGUUAGCUAAGACUGUUUUGCCAUUGUAAACUGAAUUUUAAUGUGUUCUAUACAUGUUUCUUAGGUCAAGAAUUGUAUAUA